GGUUGGGAUGAUCCUAUGGGGUUGGAAGACAACCCUACGGGGUUGGGAUGAUCCUAUGGGGUUGGGACCACUCCUUUGGGAUUGGGAUGAUCCUAUGGGGUUGGGAUGAUCCUAUGGGAUGAUCCUAUAGGGUUGGGAUGAUCCUGUGGGGGUUGGGUCCACCCUAUGGGGCUCGGGUCCACCCUAUGGGGCACGGGUCCGCCCUAUGGGGCUUAAGGGUCCUCGCUAUGGGGCUCGUUGCGCCCCACAGGCGCAGCAGGAGACGCAGCGGGCGGCGCUGCGCUACGAGCGGGCGGCCAGCAUGCACAACGCCGCGCGCGAGAUGGUGUUCGUGGCCGAGCAGGGCGUCAUGGCCGACCGCAACCGCCUGGACCCCACCUGGCAGGAGAUGCUCAACCNGACCCCAAAACCCAUCCUACAUUCCAUGGGCUGGGACCAACCCAACCCAACCCAACGUUGGCCAACCCCAACCAGGCGCCGACCUCUCUCCGUCCCCUUCCCCCAGGAGCACAAAGCCAAGGUGACGGCGCUGGAGGAGCGCGUGGCCCAAGCGAAGACGCGCUACUCAGUGGCCCUCCGCAACCUGGAGCAGAUCAGCGAGCAGAUCCACGCCCGCCGCCUCCAACGCCUCGUCCUCCGCCGCGCUUCGCCGGUGGGCGCCGAAUCCGGCAGCCGGGGCGCCGAGGGACCGCCGGCCGACGCCGUGUCGGUGUUGAGCCUCCAAACCAUCGCCUCCGAUCUUCAGAAAUUCGAUUCCGUCGAGCAUUUGCUCGGCCUCUCGGACGCCACCAGCCUCCAUGGCGAAGAGACGGAGGAGCCGGCGCCGCAGCGCGGCGGGCACGGACGCUUCCGGCAUCACCGCAGCAUCAGCCUUUAACCUGCGCUCUUCCUCUUCCUCUUCCAUCCGAACGGGAUGGAAGGACGGACGGACGGACGGACGGACGCGCGCCCUCGGUGCUCCGGUAGAAGGGCGAAGGGCGAUGUUGGCCGGCUUUGGUUCGCCGAAGAAGAGCGUCCGUUGGGUUUCGGUUGGGUUGGCCAAGGCUCUACCGGCAGUGCCGGCUUCUUGGGCGGCCAAAAACGAGGGGAAAAAAAACCCGAAUUUGGGCGCCGUGGGGGGGUGUGUUUGCCACCGAAACAUCACGUUUUGGGUGUCCCAUCUGCUCGUUGGCCAAAAUGGGGCGAAAAAACCCCAAAUCGGGCACCGUGGGGGUGCAUUUUCCCCCUAAAACGUCGCUAGUUGCGUCUCCCAACACCAGUUGGGUUUCCCAUCUCCUCGUUGGCCAAAAUGGGGGGAAACAACCCAAAAUCGGGCACUUUUCCAAUGCGUUUUGCCCAGACCACCACUAGCUGGGUCUCUCAUCUCCUCGUUGGCCAAAAUGAGGGGAAACAACCCAAAAUCGGGCGCCAUGGGGGGGUGUUUUCCCCCUAAAACGUCGCUAGUUGGGUCUCCCAACACCAGUUGGGUUUCCCAUCUCCUCGUUGGCCAAAAUGGGGUGAAAAAACCCAAAAUCAGCCGCUUUUCAGAUGUGUUUUGCCCAGACCACCACUAGCUGGGUCUCUCAUCUCCUCGUUGGCCAAAAUGAGGGGAAACAACCCAAAAUUGGGCACUUGGGGGGGGGUGUUUGCCACCAAAACCGCAUCAGUUGGGUGUCUCGACCUCUAGCGUGAGUGCUGCCUCUUCAUUGGCCGAAAUGGGGUGAAAAAACCCAAAAUCGGCCACUUUUGAGAUGCGUUUUCCCCCAAAACACCACUAGUCGGGUCUCCCAUCUCCUCGUUGGCCAAAAUAGGGCGAAAAAACCCAAAAUCGGGCGCCGUGGGGGUGCGUUUUCCCCCUAAAACAUCGCUAGUUGGGUCUCCCAACACCAGUUGGGUUUCCCAUCUCCUCGUUGGCCAAAAUGGGGGAAAAAAAAA